UGUAUGCCCCAAAUGUCAAUUCAUUUUCCCUUUUCCACUUUUUCAAAAUAACAACCCGGCUUCCUUUUUCCUCAAUUCCAUAUAUCUAUCUAUCUCCCUUCCUUCUCUUUGAUUUUAGGAUUCAGAAUUGCCGUUAAAUCUGAUUCCAUUUCAAUAUUCCAAAAUCAUUGCUUGUUAUCCAUUUAAACCCUGAAAAGUAAAUUUUGAUUGUUCUUGUAAGAUUUUUUUUUUUUUGAUGGAUCGUUUCAGGGAUGAUGAAAUUCAUAAACCAAAGGUAUCUAUGAUGCUCAAUAGAUCGAUGACGGUUCAUAACGCCGCAAACCCUAUUGAAUUCCCUGAAAAAACUGUAUAUUUCUACCCUUCUCCUCCUCCUAUUGAACGACAUGGCUCAGUCAAGAAGCUCCACACCUCUUCUUUAGGAUCUUCUUUCAAGGGUACCGUCAAGAAACUAUGUUCUCUUUUCGAAUCUCGUAAACCAUCCAAUUUACAACCUCAAAGCCCCACAAAGCCUGCAAAAUCAUUCAAUUCCGAUUCUAGGGUUCCCUCAUUUUCUGAUUUCGGCUGUACGCUGUCUGGAACGGAGGACUCUGUCGUUGUAUACUUUACCAGUCUUCGUGGGAUUAGGAGAACCUUUGAGGAUUGCUACACUGCAAGAAUGAUUCUUAAAAGUUUUCGGGUCAAAAUUGACGAAAGAGAUAUUUCAAUGGACAGUGCAUACAAAAAGGAACUGCAGAAUGUUUUGGGUCAGAAGAAUGUAACUUUGCCACAAGUUUUCAUUAAAGGGAAGUACAUUGGAGGAGCUGAAAUCAUCAAGCAAUUGAAUGAAGUGGGCGAGUUGUCAAAGUUGCUAAGAGGACUUCCUCUUAGGCCGCCUGGAUAUACUUGUGAAGGAUGCGGGGACAUGCGGUUCUUACCUUGCUCCAAUUGUGAUGGCAGCAGAAAAUAUUUUGAUGAGGACGAAGGACAGCUCAGGAGAUGUCCACAAUGCAACGAGAAUGGCUUGGUUCGUUGCCCUCUUUGUUGUUCUUGAUUUGCAUAGUAUUAAGUUAAACUAUUACAGCCUGCUGCCAAUACUUUUCGGUUUGUGCAGGUAGUAUUUGAGGUUGAAUAGCUUUUGCAUAUCUAAGGCAAAAGUAAUGGUUGUUUAGUUUUUUAAUUGACAUAUAAAUGCUUGCUAUGUAUAUAUUGCUUGGAAAACUUCAUUUCGUGGGAUGAAGGAUGGCUUUUUCAUCCCCGUAUAGUCAUGUAAAUUUGCCAUCAAAUAGAUGGUGUGGUUUUUGAUUGACAACCUAGUUGCUUUCUUUAGCAGCAGUUGUGAAAAUGAAAUAAAGUUCCUUGUUGCAAAGGGAAGUCAUAGUUUGCAUUA